GUCUGUCCAUCGACCUGUCCUCCCCACAGGCCCAUCUGACCUGCUCAGGAACCAAGAUGAUGCAGCCGGCCGCACAGCUCCAGUUCAUGAACCAGUUGUCACCGAGUGGGCAGUGCAUCCCCCCGCCCCAGCCCAUCCACUGCCUCCCGGACAAGGUGGGGAGAGCGUCUGCGCAGCAGUAUGAGGCCCGCAAGUCCAAGGAGCAGCUUCCGCAACAGCCGGCUCAGAGCAAGAUGGAGCCUCGCCGCAUCCCAUGCCUCCGGGCGGUGGUGGAGAGCCAGGCCUUCAAGAACAUCCUGGUGGACGAGAUGGACAUGAUGCUGUCCCGGGCAGCCACCCUCAUCCAAGCCAACUGGAGGGGCUACCGGCUCCGGCAGAAGCUCAUCUCCCAGAUGUUGGCGGCCAAGGCCAUCCAGGAGGCCUGGCGGCGCUUCAACACGAGGCGCCUUCUCCGCUUCAGCAAGGUCACGGUGAAGAGGGUGAGCAAGGAGGAAGGAGACAUCCCUUACCACCCGCCCCAGCAGGUGCGCUUCCAGCCCCCGGAAGACAAGCCCCUUCAGGUGCAGCCCGUCAUGAUGAGCAAGGAGACCCAGUUCCCGUCCUCCGACAGCCUCAUCACCUGCAUCCCCCAGCUGGGUCUGCUGCAGCACCCCGCGGCCCAGGGCAUGGCUGGGCCCGGAGUGCAGGCUCCCCACGGCCCCGGAGCCCACGGGGUGGCCUUCCUGCCGCACCAGACCAUCGCCAUGAGACUUCCGAGUCCGGUGAGUCUAGAUCCCAAAUGCCAGCCGUGCCUGCUGACGAAGACCGUCAGGAGCUCCUGCCUCAUCAGGCACCUAGAGGGGGACACGGUGAAGACCAAGCACGUAACUACCAGAGCCACCAGAGCAGGGGCCCCAGAGCCACCCCCCUCGGGCAGGUAUGGCCAGGCAGUUCCUGGAACAUUCAAGGCCCAGAUCCAGGCCCACGUGGAAGCCGAUACCCACAAGACCCCACCCCAGGCCUUCCCAGCGUCCACCCUGAGCAAGACCCCACCCAAGAGAAGUCCACUGGUUUCCAUAGCCAGGACCCAGGCCCAGGUGUCCCCCAUUUCCACAGUGACCAAGACGCCACCUCAGACAGGUCCAGGACCCAUAAUGACAGUCAUGAAGACCCUGCCCCAGACAGGCCCGUCGCCCACAGUGACCAGGACCCAAGCUCAGAUGCGACAGACACCUUCACUAACCAACGCUCCACUGCAGUCGCGGUUAGCAGCCACCAUGGCCAAGAUCCCCCCCCAGGUAUGCCUGUUGGCUUCAGUGAUGAGGCCCCCGUGCCCGGCACGCCCAGGGGCCACCACAGCCAGGCCCCCGCCACAGACGUGCCCAGUGUCUGCAGUGACGAAGCCCACACCCCAGAUACGCCUGGUGACCGCCCCCACCAAAAACCAGAUGCAAACUUGCCAAGCCGCCACUGUGACCAAGACUCCGUCCCAGGUUUGCCCAGGUGCCUUCAUAAUGAAGCCUCCGCCCCAGACGCGCCUGGCGGCCAUGAUAGCUAAGACCCCAGCCCCGAUCCGCUCAGUGGCAGCUGUCCUCAGGACCCUGUGCCUGGUCCCUCCCGUGGUCGGAAAUCUCAGAACGCCACCCCAAAAGGCGGCGGGAUCCGCCGGAAUUCCCCGCGCCUGCUGCACCGUGCACCUGAACGCACAAAAGGGCAAGGUCAUGGUGAACGUGAGGCAGACAGCCGGCGUCAAGGACUCAUCCCACUCGUUCCUGGCUGAGGGGAAGGUCCGCAGUGUCCCCCAGCCACACCUCGAAGCUGGGGCUCCCAAGCCUAUGGCCAGGGGUCCCUUGGAACCUGAGAAGGUCAGGACCUGCCUCCAGAGGCAGGUGAAAAAAGAAACAGUGUCCAAGACCAACAUGACGAUGGAAAUGACCCAGCCUUUGCCAUGGACGAAGGUUGCUGAGGACAGGAACAAGUCCCCGCCACAGGCACAGCAGAGGAUAGACCUCAUCAAGGUGCAGUCCCAGGUGUCCGUACCUGUGGAAGCAGCUGCGGCCCUGCCCCGGGACCAGAUGGCCUCCCCUCUGACCAAGACCUUGGGCCAGGUGCGUCCGUCUCCCAGGCAGGCCAAGGCCCUGCCCCAGGAGCAGCUGACCACACCCCUGACCAAGACCUUGACCCAGUUACAUCCAGCCACGGAGCAGGCCAAGGCCCUGUCCCAACAAGCACAUCUGGCCACAUGUCCCCCAACAGCCAUGCCCCAGCCACACCUGGCCACGUGCCUGACGAAGACCACAUCCCAGGUGCAUCUGACUUCUGAGCAGACCAAGGUCCUGUCCCAGGGACAUCUGUCCACAACCCUGGCCAAAACCCUGCCCCAGCCCCCGCGGGCCGCACCUCUGAUGACGGCGUCCCCACUGCACUCGCCCGCCAAGCAGACCAAGGCUGGGCCCCAAGCACACCUGGCCCCGCAAUCACCCAAGACCCCCUCCCAGGUGUACCCACCCUCCAGGCUGACCAAGACCCCGUCGCUGGCUCACCUCGUCACGUGUCUGACCAAGGCCCAGUCCCAGGUGCAUCUGAGCUCGGGGGCAGUAAAGAUCCAGUCCCAAGCGCAGCUGCCCAUUGGGCUGACCAAGACACAGUCCCAGGCCCAGCUGGUCUCCCAGACCAAGUCCUUCCUCACAGCUCGCCAGUCCACGGACCUCAACAGCAAGACGCAGUCCCAGCCCCUCCUGACCGGAUCCAGGGCGUCUGCCCCCUCCUGCCAGCACCUGGGGGCAAUGAGCUUCCUGCCCCGACCCAAGUCCGAGGACAGACCUGCCCAGCUCCAGCCCCAAGGCCAUGUCCAGAGCAAGACCACGCAUGGCCCCUGCCCAGUGGCCUCAGAGGCCCAGGGCAUGCUGGUACCUCUGAUGACCUCCACCGGACAGCCCACGUGCAACAUCGAGCCCUGGGGUGACAGCGGAACGGCGCGGGCCCAGCCGCCCGUGGCCAGCCAGGCGGUGCCCUGUCAGGAGGCGGCGGCUUCCCAGAUCGCCUCCCUGUGCGCGGAGCUGGCCGCUGUGCUGGGCUCCCAGGAGGACAUCCGGGCCCUGCUGGCUAAAGCCCUCUCCCAGGGAGAAGUGCGGGCCGCUCUGAACCAAGCCCUGUCCAAGGAUGUCCUGGGCACCACUGUGACCAAGGCGAUGCCGCAGGGCAUGCUGGGCAUGGCCCUGGUGAAGGCGUUGUCCUGGGGUGAACUGGGCGUCACCCUCUCCCGGGCGCUGUCUCGGGGCGAACUGCGCUCAGAGCUCACCAAGGUCAUGCAGGGCAAGUUGGCCGAAGUGCUCAGCAAGGCCCUGACCGACGAGGAGCGGGCGGCCCUCGGUCAAGCCCUGUGUCAGGGGGAGCUGGGUGCUGUCCUCAGCCAGUCUCUGUCCCAGGCAGCCUUGAGGACUGGAGCCAUCCUCCCCAAGGCCUCCUCGAAAGCUGUGGGCAGCGGGAUGACUCUGCUGCCCGCCUCGGUGGAGGUGGACUGCCGGGGGAACGCAUCGGCCGCGUGGGGAUCCGCCGUGGGCCCCGGGAGUCCGCAGCCCAGCAAGGUCAGGGUCUCCCAGGUUGGAGGCUGGGAGGACUUCACCAUGGGCCAGCACGCCGGGCUCCUGGAGGAGAUGGGGGACGGGGCCACGUUGGAGGGGUCACCCUGCUCGACACUGUUCCCUGUGGGUAUGUCCCUAACCGGUAGGAUGGUCCCCAGCAUCUACCACUAUCCCAUGGUCAUGGGCCUGGACCUCAUACAGCCCUGGGGCAGGGGGCCCGCGGGGGCCUCGUAUCUGAGCCCCAGCAUCAAAAAGAGAAGCAGGUGGCUGACCCCAGGGGCCAGCCCCGCGACGGGUAUGGAGGGCCCCCACUUGCCUAAGGCGCCCCGCGCUCAGCCACCCCCCAGCCUGUGGCAGUCCUUCAUUGUCAACGGCAUAGGCCCCAGCACAAGCCAGCCAUCCGUGACAUGUGACAGUACCCCGAGCUCCCACAAGCCACAAGUGGUCAGCAGGGUGGCCUCUCAUUCGUGGGCGCUGUCAGGGAAGGGCAGCGGGGCCUUUGGUAGACCUCCGGGCAGCGUGGGAGGCAGGAGGGCGGUCCAUUCCCAGCCGUCUUUCCCCGUCUGUCAGGAUGCCGCUUGCUGGUGUCAGUUUUCGGGGGUCAGGAGGGUGUCCCCCAAACACUCCCAUCACCGCUCAGUGAUCAGAGGUCAAAAUCAGCUCUGCCAGGCCCCUGAGGAGGCUCUGAGGAGGAGGCCCCAGCCUCCAGGUCACAAGCCGGCCUUCCAUGGUCCCAGGCAGGUAGUCACCAACAUGACCGCAAGCUCAAUGAGGACCACCAUGGUGAGCAAGGUGCAGGCACCCAAGUGCCCGGCAGGUGGCAGUUUGUACCCAGGUCCCCCAGCCCUCAUGUUGGGACGCGGCCUUCGACUGAGGGGGGCUCUAACAAGGAAUCCUCCCCGUCCCCGGGAGCAUGUGGCUAGUCACCAAAUGUCCCUUCUCAAUGAGUUGGUGUCCAGUUUGCCACAGCACCCAGACAAUGUCCUGACUAGAAACUUUACUCCGGGCUCCGUGGUCCCCAGGCAGAAGAUCCCAAACCUCUACUGGAGCCCCCCUACUGUCCCCCCGCUCACCCCAGUCCUGAGCCGUGGCCCAGUGUCCAGCCACAUGGCCUUGAGUGUCCACUGGGACUCAGAGGAACAGAAGAAGAAUAGGUCCUCCCCGGGCCAGAGCUCCCUGGAUCUGGUGGAGAGAGUCUCUCAGGAGACUUUCCGACCAGGGCUGAGGAGGAGUCUGUCUCUGGGCACUGUGGUCCCUGUGGAGCACCAGCAGCCAUCUCUGGCCACCAAGCUGGCUCUUAACCAGUCUCAGUCUAUAUCGGCCAGUCAGGGAGCCCCGAACCUAGCCAAGUCAAUCCUUUGCCAGCUGCCAGUGGGCGGCAGGUUGACCCGAAGCCUGUCCCAGCCUACAGUGUGCAUUAAGGUGCCCUCAAGCAGAGCCCAGCCCCUGGCCACCAUUAGACCAGCCUCAAGCCCACCCCAGCCAAGAGCGGGUGGCAGGGUGUUCCUAGUAAUACCCAGCACGUCCUCAAGCAGCAAGGUGGCCUCUGGAGGUGUAUGUACCUCUGGGACUGGCAGGGAGACCCCUAGUAAAGCCCCCCCAUCUAUGGCCAGUGAGAUAGUCCCAAGGUCUGGCCAUUUAUCUGAGGCCAGUAGGGUCUCCACAAGCCUGGUCCCUAUAGCUAGGACUGAUGGGGUGGUUCCAACACAGAGUCACCCCUCUGAGAUCAGUGGGGUGACCCCCAGCCCAGCUCAGCCACCUUUGGCCAGUGGGGUGUCCCCAAACUUGGCUCAACCUUCUGUGGCUAUUGGAGUUUCCUUAAACUUUGUCCAGCCACCUGUGGACAGUGGGGUGUCCCCCAGCCUAGCCAAGCCAUCUAUGGCCACAGGACUGCUCCCCAGCCUAGUCCAGUCAUCUGCAGCCAGUGGGGCAUCCCCAAACCUGGCUCAGCCAUCUCUGUGCACUGAAACGUCCCCCAGUCUAGCCCAGCCAUCCAAGGCCAGUGAAGUAUCCCCAAGAUUUAUCCAGCCUUCUAUGGACAACAGGUUGUCCCCAAGCCCAACGCAGCUACCUAUGGUCAGCGGGGUGUUCUCAAGUUUUGUUAAAACUUCUCUGACCAGUGGGGUCUCCCCAAGCCCAACCCAGCCACCUAUGGACAGUAGGGAAUCCCCUGGCCCAGCCCAGCCAUCUUUGGCCACUGGGGUGUCCCCUUGCCUAGCUCUCCCAUCUAUGGCCAGCGGGACAUCCCCAAACCUUGCCCAACAAUCUAUGACUGUUCGGGUGUCCCCAAACCUUCCCCAUAAGUCUAUGGCCAGUGGGAUGACCCCAAGCCCAGCCCAGCCUUCUAUAGCUAUUGGGAUGGCACAACUUCUUGAACAAUCUUCUGUGGCCCAUGGGAUGUCCUCAAAUCUUGGCCAGCCUUCUAUGGCCAGUGGGAUGUCCCCACAUCCUGCCCAACCAUCUUUGACUAGUGGAGUGUCCCCUGGCCUCCCUCAUGCAUUGAUGUCCAGUGAGGUGUCCCCCCCCCUUGCCCAGCCUUCUAUGACCCCAAGCCCACCCCACCAAUCUGUGGCCAGUGGAGUGUCUCAAAGCCUAGCUCAACCUUGCAUGGCCACUGGGCUGUCCCUAACCUUUGCCCAGCCUUCUAUGGCCAAUGGGGUGUCCCCAAGACCACCCCACAGAUCUACAGCCCAAGGAAUGGUUCUGAGAAUGUCCCAACCUCCUAUGGCCAUUGGGAUGUCCCUAAGCUUGGCUAAUCCUUCUGUUUCCCAUGGGGUAUCCCCAAGUAUUGGCCAGCCUACCAUGGUCAGUGGGAUGUCCCCAAGCCCACCUCACCUAUCUCUGACCAGUGGGAUGGCUCCAAGUCUAGAUCAACCUGUGGCCAGUGGGGUGUCCCCAAGCCCACCCCAACGAUGUACAGCCCGUGGAGUGUCUCCAAGAGCGCCCCAACCUUCUAUGGCCAGUGGGCUGUCCCCUACCUUUGUCCAGCCUUCUAUGACCAGUGGGGAGCCACCCACCCUUGAGCAGCCUUCUAUGACCAGUGCGCUGUCCCCAAGCCUACCUCACCAACCUAUGACCAGUGCGCUGUCCCCAAGCCUAUCUCACCAACCUAUGGCCAGUGGGAUGUCUCAAAGUCUAGCUCAACCUUCUGUGGCCAGCGGGGUGUCCCCAAGACCAUCCUACCAAUCCACAGCCUAUGGAGUAGCUCCGAGCCUGGCCCAGCCUUUUAUAGACAGUGGGGUGUCCCCAAGUCUGGCCCAACUGUGUAUGCCUGUUGGGAUGUCCCCAAGCUUGGUCCAUCCUUCUAUGACAAAUGGGGUGUCCCCCAGCCUAGCUCACCCACUGAUGGCUGGUGGCUUAUCUCCCAUUCUGUCCCACCGACCUAUGGCCACUCAUGUGGCUCCCAGCCCGGCCCAUCUAUCCAUGGCCAGUGGGGUACCCCCAAGGUUUAUCCACCCCUCCGUGGCCAGUGGGCUGCACCCCUACCUGGCUCAGCCACCGGUGGCCAAUGAGGUGUCCCCAAUCUUUGCUCAGCCUUUCAUAGCCCACAGGGCGCCCCCAAGCCUUGCCCAGCACCCUAUGCCCUGGGGAGUAUCCCAAGGCCUGGCCCAACCCGCUGUGGCCAGUGAGGUGGCCCCAAGCCUAGCCCAUCCAGUAUUGGCCAGUGGAGGGUAUCCCAUUCUGUCCCGCCAACCGAUGGCCAGCGGGGUGGCCCCCAGCCUUAUCCAAACACCUCCAUCCAGUCCACCUGUCUCCAGGCAAACCUGGGCUGACCACCCCUUUCUGGCUCCAGGGGCAUCCCCUCUUCUGGCUCAGGCCUCCAUGGCUCAUCUGGGGCCCCUGAGCCUGUCCCAGCCCUGCAUGGCCACUGGAUUGGCCUGUGGUCUCUCCCAGCCAUCCGUGAUCUAUGGGGUGGGCCGGGGUCUCUGUGAGCCAGCCCCAGGGCCCCGGGUGGAUCCGACCCUGCAGGCCUCACGAGUGAGUGCAGGUGCCCCCGGCCUGUGCCCUCCGUCCGUCUUCCUCUCCCUCGGCUCGGGCAGGUCCUACUCCUGCGUGCCUGGGAGGCUGGGCCUGGGUCUGCACCAGCCUCCUCUGGAUGUCGGGGUGGGCACGUGUGAGGACCCCGCCGUGGCAGAUAGGGUGGUCUCAAACCUCCAGGACGCUCAGUUCAGCCAGGUGUCCCUUGGGCUCCACCAGCCGUCCAGUGUGUGGGGGAGGCACCCAACAGCGGUCUCCAUGUCCGCUCCCAACCUCUACCAGACGGAUAUGACCAAGGAGGUGACCCAAGGACCCAGUAUGUUCCAUUCGACUUGGCUCAAGGGCAUGUCUGCCUGCUCCUCUGAGGGGCCCGCAGCCGCUGGGAUGCUGCUCAGUCUGUCCCAGGGGGCUACCCCCGCUAGCCUGGCCGGGAGCAUAUUCCAGAAAAACAUGGUGCCUUCAAUGGGCCCAAGCCAAUGUCAGGUGACGGAUGGCCUGGUUCCCAUGGCGUCCCAGGUCUUGGAGAGAGGGGUCUCUCUGACCCAUGGAGAAACUUCCAUGGCCACGGGGAUGGACCCCAGUCGUCCCCGUGUCGCACUGCCCAGCAGACUGGGUACGAGCCAGGACCCGCUCUCCGUGUUUCAUCUGGGCCUCAGAACCUCUCAGGCCACCAUCCCACUGCCAAUGCCAUUAGACCACCAGCUGCCCGCCGUGCCCACAGUGGUCCCAUCUAGUUACCCAUAUGCACGUAUUGUCCCUGAGGAUUCUGUGAUGGGGACAGCCAGUGGUAGCCUUGCCUCAAGUUCUGCAGACCGUCGGCUGACCCCAGCCAUGGUCCCAAACGCUGUGGCUAAUUUUAUGGCCUGUAGUCUUUCCCGAGGCUCUGUGAUCAGGGGUAUGGGUCAGGGCCUUCCCCAGGGGUCCAUGGUCACUGGCAUGGCCCAGAGUCGUCUUCUAGACCCCACGGCCAGUGGCAUGGCCCGCAGUCUCCCCCCGGGGACUGGAGCCGGUAGGGUGGCCCCUCAUCAAAUGGCGGCAUCGGGAGCUAAAGGGAAGAGGCUGGGCCUGGCCAUGGGGCCCUUGGCUAGGUUCACUGCUCCGAGUCUGUCCCCGGGUUUGGUGGCCCCUGGGGUAGGCCCAAGUGUCCCUCUUGGUUCUGUGAAAACCGGAGGCCAGGGAUCUCCCCAGGGGUCCAUGCUCAUCGGACUCACGCCCCGGCCCUACCACGGAGCUGGCGAGGGCCCUGCGGCCCUGCUCCAGGCCGCCCAGGCUGCCCAUGCCGCCGGCCUGGCCCAGGUUCACCCUCAGGCCUCAGGAGCCCAGGGCACAACCAGGGCUCAGCACCGAGUGCCCACAGUUCUGUCAAGAGCCUCACCCUUUACUCAGGACCCUAGGAUACUGACACUGGGGACCAUAGAGGACCCGACCAAAUUGAAACCCAGAGAGUUAGGUGGGGCUCUAGCCCAGGAAUCAGGAUCCGAUAGAGAGUCCAACAAAUCCAAGGUCCUGGAGGUGACCCCAUGGAUGUACCAGAGCCCCAUGGACAAUUACGUCGAGACUCCUCGAGGGCCCCCACGGGCAGAGGAGACACUUCCCAAAGGCCAGAUGUCACUGCUGGGCGAGAGGGCUCCCGGCCAAGCCAGCGGCAUGGCUCCCAUCCCUUUCCGGGCCAGGCACUCGAUGACCAGUAGCUUCUCCGCAAGUCUCCAACCCGACUCGGCCAGCCCCAGGGGUCCCCCCAGCACCUACCUCAUCACCACCAGCAGGGCCCAUAGUCUGCAGUUGGGGACCGCAGUGGACAGGGCCAUGCCACAGCCCCUGACUCCAGUGGUCUCUGACGAUUUCUCAGCUCUUCAGCCCGAGUCCAAGACUCACAUGAGACCUCCAAGCCAGGGGUCACUGACUUCUGAUAUAGUCUUGAUGUCACCCCAUCUGACCAGUCCCGUGGCCUCCAGCUUAUAUGCAGGGUCUGUGGCCAGGACGGAGAGCUCAGGUGUGCUCCAGAGGUCAGGGUCCAGCAACGUGGCCCCACACGUGCAGCCCUAUCAAUCCUUGGUUAAAAAAGCCGUGCCCGGUCACUCCCAGAUGGCACCUGUCCCCAGUACAUUCCAGAAACCAGUGUCCGGGAACCUGACCCAGACCAGCCUCAAGUCUCUCCGCCCUAAAAAAUACUACCGACUCAUUCAUGGUAAACUUAUUCCCGAGUUGCUAGAAGGUUCUAUGACCACGGUGGUGCCCUCCAAUCAGGUGCAGCGGCAGGAAACCCAGUCCCCCCUGGCCAGCCGCAGACACUCCCCUUGUGAACUGUGGGUGGGCAGGACACCCACCGUCCAACCCAGUGAUACAGCCUAUGACCCCAGUGUCACUAGACUGUCCCCCGGGGUUCGGAGGGUGUCUCUGGGCUAUACAACUUCACCCAGUGGCCUCUGGAGGCCCCUCCUUGAACAGGACUCCCAUGAGUCCAUGCAUCUUGUCACUAGACAGCACAAGCCAUUUCCGACCCCCUCUGUCCACCAGGGCCAGAUCUCCCAUCAUGCCGUGGGUCCUGUAGCUGGCCUUCACAAGCCAUCCCUGGUCCCCACUGUACUCCAGGGCCCCGUGGAUGCUGGCUUGGCCAGUGGUGUUCCCAGCGUAGCCGUCAGGCCCAUGGACCACGCUGUGGCCCCCCAGAGCACGUGGGAGACGGCCAGGGGCCCCGUGCCGUGGGACACCUUGGGCAGCGUGGCAGCGGUGAGCCCCAGACAGCCGGGGGAGCUGAUGGUGUCCGUGCAGACCAUGGAGAAGAUCCUCGUCCGGGCCGCGGUGGUGAUCCAGGCAUUCGCGCGCGGCUACCUGGUCCGCAGUACCAUCCGGGUGUGGCAUCAGUGCGCUACCGUCAUCCAAGCGAGUUGGCGUGGCUUCCGCAUGCGACGGAACCUGGCCCGGCUGUACCGAGCCACCACCAUCAUCCAGGCCGCCUGGCGAGGCUACUGCACCCGCAGGGACUGUGCCCAGCAGAUGCUGCUCCCGGCCGUGUGGGUGGAGCUGGGCAGCAAGGUCCGGGCGGCCCCCCAGCCCCGCUGUUUCCAGGGCAGUGAGGCCAGGCUGGGCUCCGGCCACCGCUGCUUCCAGUCCUGCCAGCCUCACAUCUGCAGCCUCUGCCAGUCGCUGAGCCCCGGGCUGGGCAACCCGCCCAGCGUGGUGAUGCUCGUGGGCUCCAGUCCCCGCACGUGCCACAUGUGCGGCCACACCCUGCCCACGCGAGUGGUGCAUGGCACGGGCCGCAGCAUCUCCAGCCCGGGGGGCCUGCUGUGGGCCUGCAGCUCCCCGAAGGCCUCCCAGGGCCUCUGCAGGUCACCCGGCCAGAACAGAGCGGCCAUGGCCAUCCAGUCGGCCUGGAGGGGCUUCAAGACCCGCCGCCAGCUCUGCCAGCAGCAGUCGGCAGCCAAGAUGGUUCAGUCCAACUGGAGAGGCCACUACACCCGGAGCUGCCUCACCACGGACAUGCUCCUGGGGUCGGGAGCCCCGCGGGACUGCUCAAGGGAUCCCUCGCGACACAGCACCCACAGCGCCCGGUCCACGCGCUGGCCCGGCGUCUAGGACCCUGGCUGCGUGCCAGCAGAGGGACAUAUGGGAAGGACCGUGUGGCUCUCUGGGUCUGAUGAAUAAAGUCCUCCACAGCCUGGG